AUGACUUAUAUAACAUAUUUAUUAAGCAUACUUUUUGUUUUAGGUUUUGUAGGAUUUUCUUCAAAACCUUCUCCUAUUUACGGAGGUUUAGGAUUAAUUGUUAGUGGGGGGAUUGGAUGCGGAGUAGUAUUAUAUUUUGGAGGGUCUUUCUUAGGUUUAAUGGUGUUUUUAAUUUAUUUAGGGGGGAUAUUGGUAGUGUUUGGCUACACUACGGCUAUAGCAACAGAGGAAUAUCCGGAGACAUGGGGAUCAAGUGUAGUUAUUUGGGGGGCUUUGUUAUUAGGGUUUUUAGUGGAAUUUUUAAUUGUUAUGUUUAUAGUUUUAUAUGAUGAAGUAGAAGUUGUAAUUGAGUUUAAGGAUUCGGGAAAUUGGAUAGUGUUUGAGGGGGAUGAGUUGGGAUUAAUUCGUGAGGAUUCAAUAGGGGUGGCAGCUAUAUAUAAUUGUGGAAGUUGAUUAAUAGUUGUAGCUGGCUGAUCGUUGUUUGUUAGUAUUUUUAUUGUAAUUGAGAUUACGCGUGGAAAUAGA